UAACUGUACAGUGCUUCACAUUGUAAGAGUCUGAACACAUACAGAACCGCAACUGUAAUCUCAGCAAGCAACAUGUUAGUGUUUUUCGCUGUGGUCUUAUCGUUGUCACUUACGUCCGCAUUUGCGGACCGAGUGCCGCGCAGUUGUGGCGCUUGUGAACCCAGUCUGUGCGACGCUCUCCCAGAGGUGGGCUGCAAGUCUGGCACGAUUUUCGACUCCUGCGGUUGUUGUUCACUUUGCGCGGCUGGAGAGGGGGAGCCAUGCAGGGGGCGCGGAACCACAGCCAAGCGUUGCGCCUCUGGACUGGAGUGCGUUAAGAGCGACAAGAAGACAAAGCUCGGAGUUUGCGCCUGCAAGACCAAAUACGAAGUGUGUGGCUCCGAUGGAGUGACCUAUAAAACUGGCUGCGACUUGAAAGUUGCCAGCCUGAAAGCGGUGAGCGAGGAGAAGCCUGAAAUAAAAGUCCUGAAUAAAGGAAAAUGCGCAACAGCACCUGUCAUUGUGACGGCCCCUGGUGAGGUCUACAAUGUCACAGGCUCCCAGGUGUACCUGAGCUGCGAGGCCAUUGGAAUCCCCACCCCCGUGAUCACCUGGAAGAAGGUCACCAGCGGAAAACAGAGAAUGGAGCUGCUUCCAGGAGACAGAGACAACCUGGCCAUUCAGACCCGUGGAGGACCUGAGAAACAUGAGGUCACCGGCUGGGUCUUGAUCUCGCCGCUCACCAAGGAAGAGGCGGGCUCGUAUGAGUGCCACGCUGUCAACGCCAAGGGAGAGGCCUCAGCGGUGGGCACCAUUCAUGUGGUGGAGUCCAUCGAUGACAUCCCUGUCAAGAAAGUGGCCAAGGAUGAUGAGCUGUAAGGCAUCUCAGCACAGUAGAGCCUCGGUGGCGACUCCUGGCAGGAUCAGGAGAGGGAGAAGCCCCUACCAUCCCACCAGUAGACCUGUACAAUGACUAAGAAAGAGGACCAACAGCCACCAUUAGCAUCCCAGAGAUCCAUCAGAUUUAUUUUUUGAGAACGUUGCCAUUUGUUAAAUACGUGUUAAAUAUUUUAGUCAUUUAGCAGACACUCUUAUCCAGAGCAACUUUCAGUGGUGAGCGCAUAUGUAAAAAAAUAAAAAAAUAUAAUUCAUACCGGUCCCCCAUCCGAAUCAAACCCACAACCCUAGAAUUACAAGCACCAUGCUCUAUCAACUGAGCCACACAGGACUUGUAACAAGUCAGUUUUCAGUGAUAUUCAGUACACUGAUUUGUAGAUAGUCAUCCACAAGAGUCAUCUAGGCCUCUCACACACAUUUCAUGUCACUGACAUCACACACAAGUUAAUUCAUCAAUAAGUACACAGUGUACAAAACAUUAGGAACAUCUUUCUAAUGUUGAGUUGUAUCCCUUUUUGCCCUAAGAACAGAUUCAAUUUGUUGGGUCAUGACCUCUACGAGGUGUCAAAAGCCCACAAGGAUGCUGGCCCACAUUGACUCCAAUGCUUCUCACAGUUGUGUCAAACUUGCUGGGUGUCGGACCAUUCUUGAUACACACGGGAAACUGUUGAGCGUGACAAACCCAGCGGCAUUGCUGUUCUUGACGCACUCAAACUAGUGCGCUUGGCACCUACGACCCCACCCUGUUCAAAGGCACUGAAGUCUUUUGUCUUGCCCAUUCACCUUCUGAAUGGCACACUUACACAAUCCAUGUCUCAAGGCUUAAAAAUCCUUCUUUAACCAGUCUCCUCCCCUUCAUUAACACUGAUUGACAUGGAUUUAACAAGUGAUUUUUAAUUACCUUUAUUUAACUAGGCAAGUCAGUUAAGAACAACCUAUUUUCAAUGACGGCCUAGGAACAGUGGGUUAACUGCCUGUUCAGGGGCAGAACAACAGAUUUGUACCUUGUCAGCUCGGGGAUUUGAACUUGCAACCUUUCGGUUACUAGUCCAACUCUCUAACCACUAGGCUACCCUGCCUAUAGCUCUCACCUGGUCAGUGUCAUGGAACGAGCAGGUGUUCCUAAUUUGUACACUGUGCAUGCUUCACUCUUACUAUUCCAGCUUUUUUUUUUAUAUAGUUUACUGUUUUUAUGAAUUAUUCCAUUUAAUUCUAGCAAAAAUAAUACAUUGCAAGACCAUCACUAGUUGGCCAAGCAGGAACAGAUUACCGAACGGGUGCGUGCCCCCUGACCUAUUGUUUUUCUACUAGCAUAUGAUAGCAAAAUGUGUAGAAUUGCUUGAAAUUAGCUUUAAAAAGGCAACAUUUUCUCUCAGCCUCAUGGCAAAAUGUGAAUAAUAGCAUGAGACAAGCUAUAAAACAGCAAAAUAAUCCCUUCCCCAUGGCAAAAAGUGUAUAAUUGCAGGAACGUAGCUUUAAAACUGCAACAUGUUCUGUUAGCUUCAUGACAAAAUGUGCAAGAAGUUGUUGAAAUGCAGGAAGUUAACGGACUACCCCCAAAAAAUGGAGGCCAGUUCCCGGGGGCCACAAAUGCGAUAGUUUGGCCCUGUGGGCAAAGCAGAAACAGACACCCAGGCAUAAAACAAUUACCCUUACUAAAAUUGUCAUGUGAAAAAAACACAUGAAUUUGAAUAAAUCUUACAUUUGAAAUGAUAUUUUUUUAUUUCUAAUGUACCAAGGUUAUUUUUUGGACCCCCUGAAAAGUACACAAAUCAUUUUUUCCCUUGACAUGAUGCUUGACAAGCCAUAAAGACAUGCCUUUGCAAAAGCCAUUGUGUGGAGUGAGUGAUCAGGAAUUAGAGGAAGGAAAACCAAACUCAGAACCCUCUUGCAUUCAUAUAAUCCCAGUACUCGCAUACUACGGGUUUAGCUACCAAUCCAAACAGUGGCAGAUGUCUGGGGAUGUACUGUAGGGCAUAUUGAGUAACCAACAAGUAUGAAAUGGUGUAGAAAAAGGAGGAUUUAUGAUGGAAUGUAGAGAUCCACUUUCGGUGCUAAAAGUCUGCAACUCCAAUGAAGAGGCCAGCGGACAUUGCUUUUACCAAAUGUUUCUAGUUUCCCCCAGACUUAAGCUGUAUGUAUGAAUUUGCUGUAUUCACGUUGGUGUAUGGUUUACUAACACUAGAUGUUAUUACUGUGUGACAGGUGCUGUACAUCACUAAUAAAUACAAAAAUUGA